AUGUCUAAGAGAGGUCGUGGCGGUGCCGCCGGCAACAAGCUGAAGAUGACUCUCGGUCUGCCUACUGGCGCCGUGAUGAACUGCUGCGACAACUCGGGUGCGCGCAACCUGUACAUCGUCUCGGUGAAGGGCAUCGGUGCUCGCCUGAACCGCCUCCCCGCUGCCGGUGUCGGAGACAUGGUCAUGGCGACCGUCAAGAAGGGAAAGCCCGAGCUCCGCAAGAAGGUCAUGCCCGCUGUCGUCGUCCGCCAGAGCAAGCCCUGGCGCCGUCCCGACGGCAUCUACCUCUACUUCGAGGACAAUGCCGGUGUGAUCGUCAACGCCAAGGGUGAGAUGAAGGGAUCGGCCAUCACUGGUCCGGUUGGUAAGGAGGCUGCUGAGCUUUGGCCCCGUAUCGCCUCCAACUCCGGUGUCGUCAUGUAA